AGUAGAACUAGAACAAAGCAAAAAGCGAACACAAGCAAGAUGAUCAGUCGUCUUAGACAAAUUUCCCUGAGGAGGAGGACAACAUUAACAUCAACAAGAGCUAGAGAGUAAAAAAAUGUUGUCUCUUGCUGAACUCGCUUCGGCGCUCCAGGUAGGGUUUCUCCUUGGAGUCGCUCAGUUGUUCCAAGGUGUCAUUCUUAUGGCUCUCUUCAAGAUCAUAAGGACUCUGUCUCGUAUUUUGAAGUAGAUAAGGUUCAGGACUGUUAUUUUAGAACAGAUAAGGACUGUUAUUUUAGAACAGACUCUAAGGACUGUUAUUUUACAACAGAUAAGGACUGUUACUUUAGAAAAUUCUAAGUUUUUGUAUUCCGAAGAAGCGGUCAAAGAAGCGCCUUUGGAUCACCCUUUUUUCAACGUGGAGGAGCAUGUGCAUGAAAAAUACUUCGACCCCAGUUUAAGGCUCUAGUGAUGAAAAGUGACCAGGAGACGGAAUGCUUGAUGUAUGUGCGCAAUGCUUGUGGGUGUGCACGACCAUUGACUUUUUGGAUGUACUUAAAACAUCUAUAGAUUCUCAGCUUGUUUGGGUAAUCAUCAUUAUCAUCUAACGAAGAAAGGGAUACAGCACGAUCGCCUCCGCGCCGUUGAGGAGGUACUGCGAGACGCGUCGCAGGCCCUUGGGAAUUUGGGUCUGCCAACGUUUUUGGAAUUAUGCUUACAAGCUUCCAACAAGUAAUCACCUGUUACUUUUGAGAGCACAACGAGAAGAACUACAGUAAGAACUACAGUAACUAGCUAAAGCUACUUCUAAAGAGAAUAAAUAAGAGAAUAAUACUAGAGUCUUGAUUGGCUUUGGCUUUCACCUUUUAGGUGAAGGUUUAGGUCCUGCGACGCUCAAAGCACUAAGUAAAACAACCGGUUAGCUUUCACCUCCACACUCUUAGGCUUAUCCCAUGCAACAAUAAUAGUCCUCCUGCGCCAGUCGUGAAACCGACGACCACUCUAAAGUAAUCAGCCAACUUGAUAGGGCACGUACGGCAUCAGAAAAAAAUGGUGCCUUGGGAUACGGAUGUUAAGGCGUCUUCAAGAAAUCCAUCUUAGGCAGCGUCUGAUUCUGAGGCCAGUUUCAUUCUUAAAGGAAAACCAAAACGGACACCAGUAAGAUGUGGAUGCUCCACAAUCAAGAUGGAUUUCUCCAAGCAGCUCUAAGGAUGGAGAUCUAGGAUUUCUCUUGGGAGACUGUCGAAAAGCUGAACAAAAUCUCCUUACAACCUCUAGGAAGAAUUCUUCCGCGUGGCUACCAGCGAUUCAGAGAGAGUUAGUUACGUCUUCCCCUAAAAAUGGUCCAACCAUAGAAACAUCCUAAACAUCUAACACCUCUAGUAUAGGUACAAUCAUUCAACAUCGACCUCUUGCCAGGCACAUCAAUCAAUCAAUCAAUGAAUCAGAUAGCUAAUGGUCCAUCUUCAGAUAGAAGUGCAUCUUGGGAAAGCUUUUCCUUAACAGGAGAAAGAAGCACCAAGAUACAUCUCAGCAUGGAUAACGGUGAGCUCUAAGUUGGGGCGGCGCAGUGCCGUGGAAGUAGUGCAUUUUGCUUGCCGUUGUGAGGAGAACAAGAAGUAUGUGAAUGGACUAUGUGUAUUUGAAUGAACUAUGUGAGCGAAGUAUGUGGUGACAAUGGAGCUUCAUCAUAGUAGGUAUUCCUGUAGUAGUACCCUGUACUUGUAGCAAACUAGAAAGAGCUUCAGUAUUCUCUUCAUUAAUGAGCAAUCUUUCACUUUCUUCAUCAAUUCUCCUGUUGCUUGAUUGUGAUUCUACUGUUUGUUAGCACUCUAAAUUUUUAACUCUAUAAUAAGUAAGGCGCUAUCUAUGGCGGAAAAGAUCAUGGUGGGGCCGCUUCAUCAAGGUCAACGACCAAUGCCUAGUGAGGUGAAUUAUUGCGAGACUCUAAAGUUGUAAGGUCGAUUGCGUCGGCGACUCGAAGCGAAUCGCGGGACGCUUCACACACAGAGACUGGGGAGUCAUGGUCGACAUGUUUGCCUACGGUCCAGUAGAGGAAAAACGCGAUUGGCAGGUGACGGAGUCGGUCAGCGAGAACUAUGGCAAGAAUUAUUUUCAUACGAGAAAAGAUUGAGACUCUUCAUUUGCCAUACCCAUAUGAGAAAUAUUUGGUAGUGGCGGCUAGCGCUAGCCCUAGCAGCAUUUAGCCUUUAGACUAGCAACACUGUAUGUAAUUGCCAAUACAGGGAAAAAGAAUCUUUGAAUUGGACUCCAACUUCCUUUCGCAGCAGCACUUUGUAGUUCAGGGCGAAUCAAUUGGAAGUGUUUGGUUUCUCGUCUACGGCUAUUUGACUUCAACCUUACUUCUAAAAAACGGUAAUGAAGACACGCAAUUAUUGGGAUCUCGACAAAGAAUUGUUGACUGCGACUAAAAACAACAGAUUCACUUCAUCAAGUAAGAAAGCAGAAGACCACGAUCACCCAACUUCGGAGAUGAUGGAGAAGUUAAGGCCACCGCUGAUGCAUGUGCUGAACACCAUGAUCCUUGGUUCUUCUUUUCCUACUUGAAAACGAAGCCGCGGAUGGCGUCAGGGAUGCAAACGUGGCAGCUCUAAAAAAGGAUGCAUGGUACGAGCGAAUUGGCGACACCCACAGUGACUUCACAUUUCCUCUGUCCUCCUUGCUCCCUCUGCGAAGCGAUGUAUUUGGCGAACUCGGGAUACGAGUUAAUUACGAUACUAGAAACUUCAGAUGAUAAAAAGAAAUUGAAAUGGCUCCUUCCAGCACUAAAUGUCCCUGCCACGUGGCAGCACAGCAUUGAUUAUAUCCUACGGACGAGUAGUGUGCUUUCCUCCAUCCCCAAAAUUUCCUUACCUCAUAGCAUCCUGAAGAGAGGUUAAAGCAUGCAAUACGCCUCAGGAUGUUGAAAAAUGACCCUGCCCCCCUCCCUCUCCUGCUCUUGUUGAACUUACCUAAAGAAUGGGUAUUCCUUGAAAUUCUAAGGUCUACCUCUAGUACAUGCUUAUCUCUAUAUAUGGCGCGCGUAAGUAUAUAUUUUCAAACUAUAUAAAAAAUGUUCACCUAAAACACUAACGUCGGGCAACUCGCAAGGUGCAUCCACGUCAGCGACGCUCUCACCUCUGGAGGCCCCUGCUUCUGAUCCGGUGAGAGGCUGGGCGGCGUUGCGUCACAAUUGACAUGCAACGAAAAGGGCGCACGGCAGUGCACAGAGGAACCCACAGGCGAACCCUGUUCCGCUGAUACGCUGGCAGCAGCCGGGAUCGGUCGCAUCUGCGUGCCUGUGUCUUAGACGCGAAGACCAGCACCAGUCGACGCUUCCCGGCUCCGUGAGGGAGCUGUUUGGCCCGCGGGCAACCUCAGGACCAGGAACUCAAGGGAAAUCGGGCCCAAGAGGUCGCGCGCACUCUUGGAGACAACCCUCAAGGGCCUCUGGACUGGACUUCUCAGACCCCCCCUCUUGGCCCCCCCUAUAUAGUUUCGCAAAAUAAUUCCUUGUCUUCUUACCCUGCCCGGCACGCUGGCCCACGCUCCUCAGAACACCCCCCCCCACAAACCCCCUCAUCCUACCCCUCAUUUUGUGGACCCCCAAUCCCGCUAGGCGCCCCUGCUCAACGGAGUCCGCGGCAUGGCGUAGCAAGGCCUGCAGCACAGAAAUCGCAGCCAGUUCUCGAGAGGGCCAAGAGCCGAAAGCCCACAGGCCAACGGCGUUGGCGGGUCCUUCCAUAUGGUCGAAUGUGUGCCUGACAAUAAGGCUCAGGCCUCGCCCACCGCCAACGGCGCCCUUCUUGUGCGUCGACGCUGCCUCCCGGUGGCCUCAGGUGUCCGCCCCUAUUGCAGUUGCCGCCGCGGUGUCACCUGUGUCGCAUAGUGCGCUCGCAGUUUGUCCAGUGUCCGCUGUCUUCAGACCAUCCAGCAGUGCGCCGCUGUCUUCCCUUCUGCACUUUCGAAGCAAUUUCUUUCGCAUGAAAUUUUUUUAUAUACUUUGGACAAAUAUACUUACGCGCGCCAUACUAUAGAGAGGAACAGGAUCAUGCUUAUCUUUAUUUAUAAGUAGGUCCUCUCUAGAGAGCAACAGGAACAGGAUGCUUUUCUGCCUCCUCUAAACUUCCUUACCGCAACGUCCUGAAGAGUGGUUAGGCUGGGAGUAUGGACCCUGCGUGAGGAUGGGACCACACCCGUGGCCCUGGGGACUCAGUUUGUAUGUGCAGAAUCCUCGCGGGAUCUUUCAGGCGAUUAUCUUGUUAAGGCGCCUUCCAAUAGCUGAAUUGCUUUCUUUCAUCUUUGAUAUUUGUUUCAUGCAUUGAGAUUGAUUUCUUGCUAAGGUUACGACGAGUUGCGCACUCAUCUCAUCGAUUGUAGUGCCUCAUCCACACUACAUGCGUCAUCUUGGAUUGCGAUUGUGUCGAAUGGCCAAUCUUCUUCUUUUCUCCUCAAAUCCGAAGCUUAAUGACAAGACUAGAGUCAGCCUCAGAAGUACAGUCUACUACUAUUUACUAGAGCAUUUGUUAUUAAGACCUCUUGCUAGGUAAAUGAAUGAAUGAAUGAAGACCACGGACUAUACUAGAGCAUUUGUUAAGACCACGGAAGAUGAUGGAUGGCGUGCAGUAUGGAUGAUAGUACUUAUACAGAACUCCUGACGUCCUUCAUCUUCUAAAGAUCGGCGUACUGACUUUGCGUGGCAUCAUGUUAUCCAUCCUGAACCUGAGGAAGAAGGAAGACAACAAUGGCACACUUGGCAAACAAGGUACUCCAUCUUCAGAGAGAAGCGAAGCGGACAUGAUGUCACUCGUCUUGGAAGUGGUACCCAGUUUCAUUGCGAUUUAUGCUCUCGACAACGGCCUAGCGGUCUUGGCUCUAUUAAGGCUUACUGUUAUUACCCCAAUAUGAUCAUUAUUACCCUAAUUUAAAUGAUGGAUCCAUCUUGAUCAUGAUCUUGAUUUUAAGAGACGUCAUCCUAGCUAAUUAAUCUUCUACUUUGGUCUUCAGAGACGUCAACACAGUACAUCCUAAUAGUACAACAAGCCUAUUGUGAUCCAUCUUCGGAAACAUCAGAGCAGACUUCAUACAGUCUAGGUAAGUAAUUAAUCUUCUGAAGCACAAUCCCGAACAAGCGGCAUGCCUCUAACAUUCGCCGUGUUCUGCAUAUUAUCAAGAAAGUGGCUUUGGAACUCACCCCUGAUUUUGCUCUGCGCGUUUUUAUGGCGAUAGUUAAUUCUUGUUAAAAGUAUGUACCCAAGAAGAGACAGACUUCACUUGUAAAUCAUUGACGAGUCAAGAAGUGAACGAACAACUCGAAUCAAUUACAGACUUUUUACCUCUUCGAUCUACCACUUAAAUACAACACGCCCAUGUACUUAAAUAUGACUUCUUUCUCUACUUCUUCAGGAUCAGGUCUUCCCCCGCUUCUUUAAGGGUUGAAUUAUUUCAUAUUUACCUGACCCCAGUUUUAUGUCUUGUUGUUGACCUUGUUCUGAUACUACUAGCUGGCGCAUCUUUUCUCUUCAGGUCUUCCCCCGCUUCUUCUGCACGACUUCUCGUAGUUCACCUUCUCUAAACUGAGAGCUUCGGUACGUCGCCCAGCAACUCGUGUGUCAUGCGGACGCGCAGUAUGGGCAUCCCAUGCGACCGAAAACGUGGACGAUAUGUUUAUUCGGUGUUUGUACCGAUUUCCAUUAGCAUGGUCGUCGAGGUCGCUUUGUGGAUAUAUCUCACACUUAAACAACUACACUUCGGAUUAGAUAUCUCACACAAUAUGCGUUAUAAGUCUACUUGAACACUGGUGUCCCACUUCGCAUUUCGAUCCUGCAAAGUAUUGUUUUUAAUCUUGAGCCGAAAGGCUCGUUAUCACUUUUGUACAUGUGGAAUCUCAUGUAUGUUCAUAUCAUAUCCCUUGAUUUCUUGUCUCUCACUCUGUUCAUCAAUAAACAAAUACCAAGAUGAAGCAAAGGCUUCGCAGGCUUAUGCCGAAAGAAAACCAGAGAAAGAGAGCCGGAUGCUACAUGUCUGUUCAAACAAAUGGAACAAAGACCGAGCAGUAUCUUCAAUAAGAAGAUGAAAUAACUUCACGAAGUGACACGUUUUCGUUAGAACUACACGAAGUGAAAGAUUUAUCUAACUACUAGAGUGGUACCAGAUUCAUUCAUCUAACUUCGUAUACAAGUGAUGCAUUUUUGUUAGAACUGCACCAAGAUUCCUCCUAAUAAUAAUAAUACACAAAGAUUCACUCAUCUAGCUAGAGUGGUAGACUCAUUCAUCUAACUUCUUGUACACGAAGAAGUGAUAGAGUAGCCAAUCAUGUCUGCCUCUGCGAGUCGUGAACCUGGUAGACCCACACACCUGACCUAACCUCACAUUGGGAAUUUUCAUUAGAAUUACACGAAGUGAUAGAUUCAUCUUUCAUCUAUAACCCCGUGGCACUUGUCUCACACUCAAUAUACCUCGCUCUUUUAAGAAGAACACGAAGCAAGUAAGGAUUGUUUGAGUAGAUUUCUAAGUGGUUCAGGAUUUAUUCUAAGAAUUUGAAUUCAAUAGUAGGCUCAUAGGAUUUUUACGAAUCAAUAGGAAUAUCUUUGUAUUAUCUCUAUCUGUGUCUGUGUCAUACUGGGUCGUGGACGACCCGAAAACUCCUACAACUCAGCUUAGGGUCCUCUGUGGACGCCCAUGCUGAAGAAGCCAGUGUCUAAGCACGUCCGAUACUAGUAGAGAUAUUGUGCUUGCUAGUAGUCAU